AUGAAAGAAAAAGCUUUGUCUCCUGAUGACCCAGAUUUGGCUCUGUCCUACAACAACAUCGGUCAAGUGUAUAACAAGAUGGGUGACUACUCAAAAGCACUUGAAUUUUACGAAAAAGCACAUAAAAUCUUCGAAAAAGCUCUGCCUUCGAAUCAUCCCUCAUUGGCUACUUCCUACAACAACAUCGGUUUGGUGUAUGACGACAUGGAUGAUUACUCGAAAGCACUUGAGUUUUACGAAAAAUCACUUAAAAUACAAGAAAAAACUUUGCCUCCGAAUCAUCCCUCAUUGGCUAUUUCCUACAACAACACCGGUCAAGUGUAUAACAACAUGGGUGACUACUCGAAAGCACUGGAAUAUCACGAAAAAGCACAUAAAAUCUCCGAAAAAGCUCUGCCUUCGAAUCAUCCCUUAUUGGCUACUUCUUACAACAGCAUCGGUGGAGUGUAUAAGAACAUGGGUGACUACUCGAAAGCACUUGAAUUUUACGAAAAAUCACAUCAAAUCCUCGAAAAAGCUCUGCCUUCGAAUCAUCCUCAUUUGGCUGGUUCCUACAACAGCAUCGGUGGAGUGUAUAAGAACAUGGGUGACUACUCGAAAGCACUUGAGUUUUACGAAAAAUCACAUAAAAUCUACGAAAAAGCUCUAUCUCCGAAUCAUCCCUCAUUGGGUACUUCCUACAACAACAUCGGUUUGGUGUAUAACGACAUGGAUGACUACUCAAAAGCACUUGAGUUUCAUGAAAAAGGACUUAAAAUAAGAGAAAAAGCUCUGUCUCCGAAUCAUCUCGGUUUGGCUAUCUCCUACAGCAACAUUGGUGCAGUGUAUUUCAACAUGGGUGACUACUCGGCAGCACUUGAAUAUUCUAAAAAGGUCCUUGAAAUUACAAAACAAGCUCUGCCUCCAAAUCAUCCUGAUAUGGCUUUUCCAUAUAAAUGGUUAGGAAAGAUUUAUCGCGGUAUGAAAGACUACUCAAAAGCACUUGACAAUUUCGAAAAGUGUCUCUCAAUACGUCAAAAAGCCUUACCUGACAAUCAUCCAGAUCGAGCUACUACAUACAGUGAUAUUGGUGAUGUUCAUAGAUUAAUGGAUGAUUAUGAAGAGGCACUUUCAUUUCAUCGAAAAGCAUUAAAUAUUCAAGAAAAUGUUCAAUGUAAUCCUCUGGAAUGUGCAUUGACAUAUAUACAUUUAGGUGAAACUUAUCGUGAAAUGAAAGAUUAUUCAACAGCAUUGACAUAUUUUCAAAAAGGAUUAGAAAUACGUCAGAAUAAAUUACCAAAAAGUCAUUCUGAUUUAGCUGUAGUUUUUCAUAAUAUGGCAAAAUUAUAUUUAUCUAUUCGGCAAUAUAAUAUGGCAAUAGAAAAUGUUCAACAAGCGAUAGAAAUAGCUCAAGAAAAAUUACCUUCGGAUCAUCCACGUCUUUUGGAAUAUAAAGAAACAUUUGAAGAAAUUCUAAAGAAAAUGUAA